AUGUCUAGUAACGAAGCAAACAGCAGUGAUGACUUGACCCUACAGUCAGUACAGGAAUCUCACUCCCGCCAAGCCUGGCCAGCAUUGUACAGUUUUUCUUUUGGACAGCUACCUGCGGGCAGCAUCAAUCAGACUCCUAUGUCGCGGCGGAAGGCAUCCAAGGCGGCCAUAGAGGCCAUGCCAAAAGUGACAGUGGCAUACGAGGAUGGAAACGAAUGCAGUAUCUGCUUGAAUGGCUUCAAGGUCGGUGACGAAGUCAAGGAGAUGCCUUGCAAGCAUAGCUUCCACGGUGCCUGUAUCGAAAAGUGGAUGGGAAUGAGCACUCUUUGCCCGCUUUGCAGGUUCUCUUUGCCUGCAGAGUCAGAAGAUGAACAAAACAGUGAUAAUAACAAUUAUCAUAUUGAAUAUAAUAUUAUUUAUAAUAUUGAAUUUGGCUCGGAGGAUGAAGAAGAUACCGGAGGUGAAUGGGAUACAAGCUCUGUCGAUGAUGAUAUAUAG